AUGUCAACCACCAUGACCCUCCCCAUCUCCCUGCCCUCCCUAACCCCCUGCGAAGCCCUCGCCGACGUCGUCCACCGCGCCGUGACCGGCAUCGACACGCCCAACAAACCGCUCUUCGUCUCGGCCUUCACGCCAGACGCCGUCUUCGACGUCGCCGGCACCGUCGUCGAGGGCCGCGACGCCGUGACCGCCUAUGUGUACGACCGCAUCGCGCAGCUCGACACGACGCACCUGUUCACGAAUUUGCGCGUGAGUUUAGAAAAUGGCGCGGCGACGGGUACGGUCACGGCGAUGGCCCUGGGGCAGCAUUUUCGUGUGGGCGAGGGGAAUGCGGGUGGGAGUGCGCGGCAGUUUAUGACGGGGGUGCUUUAUUAUGUUGAUUGUGUGAGGGGAUGA